UCGGUGGGAUAUAAGGAUUGGCGCCGGCGCCAGCUGAUGUACAUUUUAUUCAUCAGUCAGACCUUCUGAGGCUUACGUCUGUCAACCACGAGGAUGUCAAGGCGCAGUGGCCGUUUACAAGCACAAAUUGAAAACACUUGUCCUCAGAAAGACCAAAAUGCAAGAAAAAGAAAAUCUGAGGAAUGCAGCAGGAGAAAGCUAGAAACACACGUCUCCAAAAAGCACAGCUAUGAGAUACAGAGUCGCUGGGCAUCUGGAGGAGCAGUCAGCCCCUGUAUGCUCAUUGAAACUCCCCAUAAAGAAAUGGAGGUCACAGACUUCUCUGGGUUCACAAAGUACAGAUUCAAAAACCUUUUUAUAAAGCCUUCCCCACUACCAUGCCUCAGCUGGGGGAGUUCAGAUGAUGUGUGGAUAAAAAUGCUCAACAAGGAAUUAAAAUAUGUUCAUGACAAAAGCUUCUUGUACCAGCACUCAAAGCUGCAGCCAAAAAUGAGGACGAUUCUUCUGGACUGGCUCUUAGAGGUAUGUGAGGUGUACACACUUCACCGGGAAACCUUCUACCUGGCUCAGGACUUCUUUGACAGAUUUAUGCUAACUCAAGAGAAUAUCAACAAGAACAGGCUGCAGCUCAUAGGAAUUACCUCACUCUUCAUUGCUUGCAAAAUAGAGGAAAUCUACCCUCCAAAACUACAAGCGUUAGCCUAUGUCACCGAUGGUGCCUGUACAGAGAAAGAAAUCCUAGACAUGGAGUUAAUUGUAUUAAAGGCAUUGAACUGGAACCUCUGUCCAGAGACUGCCAUCUCUUGGUUGAAACUCUACAUUCAAAUGGCCUCUUUAAAGGAAGACCCAAAUAUUUUACUACCUCAGUUUUCUCAGGACACUUUCUUACAGGUAGCACAGCUUUUAGAUUUAUGCAUCCUUGAUAUCAACUCAUUAGAUUACCAGUAUGGAGUAUUGGCAGCUGCUGCAUUUUUUUACCAUACCUCAUUAGAAGUGGUUCAGAAAGUAUCAGGGUUAAAUUGGGACUCCAUUUCAAACUGUGUGAACUGGAUGGCUCCUUUUGCUACAACUGUAACAGAAAGCUCUCCUGCUAAGUUGAAAGAUUUCCAGAAAAUCUCUACAGAAGACAGACACAACAUCCAAACCCACACCAAUUACCUGGACAUCCUGAAUGAAGCUCACCAGAAGCAGGCAGAAAGUCCUACUAUGGGACGGUUAUCACCAGUGUCGGUGGGAGGAAUCUUGACGCCACCAAAGAGCACAGAAAAGCCUCUUUGAAUCUUACAUACUAACCACCCAGCAGACUUGUGGACCAAAACACAAAUUAUCCAGUUUCAAAAGAAAUUAUAUCUAUCUAUCUCUCUCUCUCUAUAGCUAUUUUAGAAAAUGAUUUUGCGAUUUUUACAAUAUUUCAUUAUCACCUGUUAUUUAUUAAUUUAUGCUUGGUUAAAGCAUACCAAACAGAUGGUCCAUAAAGUACAGUACAAUUUAAUUUCUGUACCAAAAAAAGCUUAGGGGUACACAUUAUCCCCUACCCCCACCAUAUUUCAGCUGGUUUGUGCCAGUAACAGUGUAUUAUGCCUUGAACAGUGUGUUUUCUCGUACAUUCUUGAAUGUGAUAGCUUUAAAAGCUACCUACUUUUUUUUCCUCUAAAAAGUUUUACAUGAGCUAGAUCUAGGUAAUAUUUUACAUAUUCUUGUGAAUUAAUGUAAUUCCUGGGAAACUUGAAUAUAUUUUAUUUUUGUAAUUGUGGGAAGUAUUUCUGAGCUUAAAGACAAAAUCCUAUAUUUAUACAACUUGUAGAUGCUGUGAUGAAAUGUAAUUCCAGCUUGUUUUGUUUUGUAAAUGUGUGUUAGGCUCUUUAUAUACACGUUUAUUUGUAAAAAAUAUCAGUAAGAGUGUAUAAAUUUACCCCAGAAUACCCUUAACUUAACAUCAUUGCCAAAGGCAAGUAUUUAAUAAUUAAAAGUAUGUCAAUAUUUAUUUAUAUUUCAAGCUUUUUAUGAUAUCUUACAGCCAACCCUCCCCCAUAGAAGAGUUCAGUUGGAGGAAAUUUAAAUGCUUUCCUUCUCAAAAGUUACAUUAUUUAAUAAAUGGCCUGGCCCAUUUGGUCCAGUAAUUCCUCACAAUUCAAGGCUGAA